AAGAGAGAGAGAGAGAGAGAGAGAGAGAGAGAGAGAGAGAGAGAGAGAGAGAGAGAGAGAGAGAGAAGGAGAAGAGAUAGCAAUGACCUGCAACUUGGGCCCCAAGUGCAAUCGGCCCCUGUUACGCUCUCGAUCCAUGAUCGACACGACGUUUUGGUUAUCCAGAAGAAAGGCCAUUCGGACUACAGUAACUGACCUAAUGGAGCGCGUGCUCCCCUACCUUUCCUCCUCCUCCUCCUCCUCCCCCUCCUCCUCCUCCUCUUUCUCCUCCUCUUUCUCCUCCUCCUCCUUUUCAUUUCGAGGCUCCGGCUGCUCCUCUUAUACCACUUCAUCGUCCUCCUGCAUGUCACGUAACUUCCUCGCCGUCUGCCUCGUCUUAUUGUUGACGUCCCUUUUGCAUCCUGCCCACAGUGCCAUGCCUUCCUCUACCUUUUCUGCGAAGCGGGCAUUCAGUUACAUGAAGAACGGUCAGGAUUGGCCGGAUGUCUGCACGGGUCCUCGCACGCGUUUCCAAUCGCCCAUCAAUAUUGUUGAGGACAACGUUAUCCCCGUUCAUCGACUUGGAGAUCUGAGGAAGAGAGCUACCUACUCCACCUUCACAGGCGACGUGUCUGUGCGCCACGACGGUUUUACCUUCUCGAUCCUCUUCCCCGGGAACAAUAUCAUCCGCCUUCCGCAGUUCCGUCUGUCCAAGUCCUUCAACGGGUCAGCUAAUUGGGACUGGGAAACUGCGCACUAUGGUCCUGCAGAGGGGUACCAAGAUCUCGAUCGCCAUGACGAUGACACGUGGAAGCCCAGGUCGAAGACUUUCAAGCUGGUGGAAUGUCACUUUCACUCCGUGUCUGAGACAGAGUUAAAUGGCAUGCAUAUGGACUUAGAAAUGCACUGUGUUCAUUUGCGUCGGGGGUAUCCGACCGUCGGAGUGUGGGGGGUGUUCUUCAACAGAACGGGGUCUAAAAAUAGCAUCAGCGACGAAAGUAACUGCAAUCCGCUUCUGGAUAAGAUCAUCCCCGCUCUGGGACAGCUGGCAAGCUCUCCGCCGAUGCAUCCCGUUUCCGUCGACGUGGGUACAUUCUCCCUCGCCCACUUGUUCCCUCAGGACGGAACGUAUUUCCACUUUUACCCCGGCAGUUUGACUACCCCUCCUUGCACUGAAGGCCUGCUCUGGUAUGUCUUCAAGGAAGCCCUGCCCGUCUGCAAACGUCAGGUUCGCCAGUUUCAGAGGUUCGUGACGAAGUUGAGUGGGAUCCCGGCCUUGAACUACAGGGACGUGCAGCCGCUCAACGGGCGAACAGUCUUUUCCUGGGAGGAUGGAAAGAACAGGCGACGAGGAUAAGACGACCUCGUCGGGGUCUCGGGGGAGUCGGACCGCCUUGAGGCUUGCGCACCUUUCGC